GAUACAGUGUCUCACAAUUUGAAUUUCCAACACCCAGAAACUGUAACCAUCGAAAUAUAAAAUUUACUUGACCACCAAACGUGAACGAAUACGACAGCCUUCGCCAACAGCAUAAAUUCCAUUCCUCUCUACGCAAAGCAACCAUGAAACUACUCUCCAUCAUUCCCGUCGUCACCUUCAGCAACAUUUUUGAGGUUACCUCUCAUUCAACCACCAGUACAAGCAGCAGCACAGCCGGUCUACGAGGAUUGGUGUCUACCACAACCAGCAUUUUCCCGCCCUACAGUCAACAGUGCGCAGACGAUGCUGGUCCACCCUUCGUAGACGAUGCCACAAACUAUCCUCCGGGUGCCACAUUUCACACGGGAACACCGGCGACGGCCGUUGUCGAUGACAAUGAUCCAGCUUGCCCUGCCCCUCUUGCAGGAGCUUGUGCCACUAAGUCGAAAACCGCCGCAUUUUUGGAGGGACCCAUCGACUGCGGCGGACAAGGUUGGUAUUGUCGCAUCCUAGAACAACCUGGCUGGCCUACUGUCAAUCUUCUGGGAGACUUGAAUUUUGGGUACUGCAACACCACUGCUGGCUUCAACGACCCAGGUUACGACCAAGCCGGACAUUGUCACGGAAGUGAUAGCGACGAUACGUUUUACUGGUGGGUCCGUGACCACUGGCACAGACAAUAUGUAGGUUGAAGCUUGUAUUGUGCUGCCUUGUGUUGUGCUAUAUACAAGAAGCCAAACAGAACGCGAAAGCUUCGUGACUGUUUUUGUGCAGCUGCCUCAAAGAAUCCGAUAGUGCUUCAAAAUCUGAUACAAAUUUUCUUUCUUUCCUUUUGUUCUAUCUACGAACGCAAUACCUCAUAUACAGAAUGGUCGUCUGAGGUGUUGCUGUGGAUGGAUUGGACAAGUGACCAGCGGAACAAUUGUGAACCGCUGUGAUCACCGACGCCUUGUUCCCCCAGAUGAAGACGUGAACGAAUGCCGCGAUGCCAACGAGGAGGGAUCUACCCCAUACAAUGGGGGAUGCAGCCAAAGCGAUUCGCCAGCCCUUAACGAGCCUAUAGACGAAGACGAUAGCAUGUGUUGGGAGGUGUCGAACUUCGGCUAUCCAAAAAGCAGCGAGGAUGAUAACGAUAACGAUAACGAUAACGAUAACGAGGACGAGAAUGAGAAUGAGGACGAGAAUGAGGACGAGAAUGAGGACGAUAAUGAGGACGAGGAUGAGAAUGAGGACGAGGACGAGAAUGAGGAUGAGAACGAUAAUGAGGACGAGGACGAGGACGAUUCAGAUUGCAAGGACGAUGAGACCUUCCUCUGGCGUGGAAAGGAUGGAAAGGAUUGCGAUUGGAUCAUGAAAAAGGGAGGAAAGUUCUGCGGCAAAACAUACGGGGGCAAAAAAGUGUCCAAAUUCUGCCCUGUGGCGUGUGACGCGUGUUCGAAUGACGACAAUGACAAUGACAACGACAAUGACAACGACAAUGACAACGGUUGCGAAAAUGAUCCAUCGUUUUUGUUCAAGGGCAAAGAGAAUAAGAACUGCGAUUGGGUCGCGAAAAAGGCUCGCAAGAAACCCAAGAUCUGCAAGAAAAAAUCGGACGGCAUCAAGGUCCGAGAUGCUUGUCCCGUGGCAUGUAAUUCUUCUUGCUAAUCAGACAGACUCGAUGCAGUGUGUGUUGUGUACGUACUCAAUUGCGGAUUCAUUCUGCCAUGUGCCGCAGGCUUCGACCAGAAGACGUGGGCGGUGUGGAGGCGCAUGUGAAAUGGAAAGCGGAGAUCGGAUUGAUUUGUGGAGGUGCAUAGCUUGCCACACGCUUGAUACAUUUUUGUUAGAAGCGUCCCGUGCGCGAACAAAGUCCAUGAAUCGAAGGGACAAUGAACGAGCAGACGAAACUAUGUGAAUUAAAAUAGAAAAGAAUAUGAUAG